UAUAUAUGAACCAUAGAAGAAUACAUACAUAAGCAUAACACCAUCUUCAAACAAAGAAUCAUGAAGAGAGUACAAUCUUCUGCAGCAAAUUAUGAGAGUGGUAUCAUUGGUCCUCAAUAUCGUGUUCCUCAUUUAGUUGACCUAUCAAUUGUGAGAAAUGUCACAACAUUAACUGAUAAUUUCACAGUCAAAGAUUUUAAUGGCAAAAUCUUUUUCAACCUCAAAUCCCUUUAUGAUCAAAGUCUCUUACUUGAUGCAGCUGGAAAAUCUGUUGUCAUGACGCUGCGACGAAAGGCGAUGACGGGGCAUGAUAGAUGGCAAGCUUUUCGAGGUGAAAGUACAGAGGUGAAAGAUUUGAUAUUUAGCGUAAAGCGAUCAACCAUGUUUCAAACAAAGAUCAAAUUAGAUGUGUUCCUAGCUAGUAAUGCUAAAGAAGAUAUUAGUGAUUUUAAGGUCAAAGGAAGUUGGUUAGAGCGAUCUUGUGUUGUUUAUGCGGGUGAAUCUCAUCACAUUGUUGCCCAGAUGCAUAAGAAGGAGACUGUUCAAAGUGCUGCGUUUGGCAAAGAUAAUCUCACGGUUAGGGUGCAUCCCAAUGUUGACUAUGCAUUCAUCGUAGCAGUGAUGUUGAUUCUUGACGAAAUUAACCAAGACAAAACAUGACAACAACAGUAGCAAUUGUCCGCAAAGUAUAGCUUAACGAAUAAUAUCAAAAUUGUUAAGUUGGAUAUAUUUUGUGAUUACUUGGAUUCGAACCCAAAAUUGAUAUUUUGAGUUUUUAGGUGUGCAAGCUUGAAUGACACACCUCUCUGCAUAUAAGCAUUUACUUGGAGAGCUAUUAGUUAGGAUUUUUUUUUGUUUCAAUCAAUAAGAGAAGAGAGUUAGUUGAAUUUAAUUAAGUUGGUUAUUUGCCAACUAUCUCUAACUUUCAGUGUAUAUAUAUACUUAUGUAUAUUCACUCAAUUAAUAAAAUCGUGAUUCAU